UUAUUAAUUUGUAAAGAGAGCCGGUUGAUGAUGUGUUCCGCAACCUCAUCAUCGAUCCACCACCAUCACCACCACCAUCACCAUCUAUCUCUAUCACAGUUGUAGAAUAAUAAUAAUGUUCUCUCUCUCUCUCUCUGUAGCUAGCUUUCUCCCUUCGUGGCUACAUGAAGUAGAAUCCGGAUUAGUGGUAUCUUCAAUUUGUUUCGUGAUCAAGGUUUCUCUUCCUUGUAAAUGAUCCUUGUUGAAUAAGCCCUUUUUAGUGGAGCAUUUCAAAGUCUUGGCUGGGUGGUGGUUGUGGUCUUGAUCUGCAAUGAUGUAUCAGGCCGUGCCCACGGCGACAACCUCUCGUGGUGGAACUCCAACGGAGAGUGCUGAUUACCUUGUCACUUUGGAUCAGAUUCCGAGGUGGAGUGAUGUUGAGCAGAGGUCAUCAUCAUCCUCCCUGGAAGGUGAAACUGGAGAUCCGGCCCAUUCUAAUCCUCGCUAUGCAAACCCUUUGGCUUCUUCCUCUUCUGAAGCAGGUGGCAGCGCCGGGAAUGCGAUGGUGUCUAAGUUUCCUCUUGAUCUCGAUAUUAUCUCCAAGAUCUACCUCUGGAGAGGGGAGCCCUGGAACCUCGAGGUUGAUGCUGUUGUGGAUUCCACCAAUGAGAACUUGGAUGAGGCGCAUAGCAGUCCUGGUCUACAUGCUGCCGCUGGACCUGGCCUUGCUGAACAGUGUGCUACUUUGGGUGGAUGCCGGACAGGGAUGGCGAAAGUAACAAACGCCUAUGAUCUACCUGCGAGGAGAGUUAUCCAUACAGUAGGACCCAAGUAUGCAGUAAAGUAUCAUACAGCUGCUGAGAAUGCUCUAAGUCACUGCUAUAGAUCUUGUCUGGAGCUUCUCAUUGAUAAUGGGCUUCAAAGUAUUGCUAUGGACUGUAUAUACACAGAAGCCAAAAACUAUCCCCGAGAACCAGCUGCUCAUGUUGCCAUAAGAACUGUACGUCGCUUUCUAGAGAAGCAGAAAGAUAAAAUCAGUGCCGUUGUUUUCUGUACCACCACAACCUCUGAUACAGAGAUAUACAAAAGAUUACUUCCACUUUACUUUCCUCGAGAUGAGCACGAGGAGGAGGUUGCCAUCUCAAAGCUCCCUGCUGAUGUUGGAGACGAAAAUGGUGAGACGGUUAUAGACGAACGUAAAAUCAGAAUACAGGCGCUGCCAAAUAAACCUCCAGUCAGGUCUUUUCCAGCUCUAGUCGAGCGCCCUGCCACUGAUCUUGCUUUGGUACGAAGGAACUCGAAUCAUCUUGAUUCGUAUUUGGAUCCGGCCUUCAUGUCUUUGAUUAAAGAUCCAGAUGAGAGGCGCAAAGAACAGUGGGAGAAGACUGCACAAGCACAGAGUGGGUUCAAUUUUGUUAAACUGCUAGGAUUUGGUGAUCUCGGGGGACCCCUUCUCUCUCCUGCAGAGGAAUACUCACUUCAUUCGCGAUACCUAGCAAAAGCUAACUCUCUCAACCUCUCGGAGAUUGCAGAGAUGAAAAUUGUCUACCGUGGUGGUGUUGACACAGAGGGCCAUCCUGUGAUGGUUGUUGUAGGAGCUCACUUUUUGCUGCGAUGUCUUGAUCUAGAGCGUUUUGUUCUAUAUGUUAUAAAGGAAUUUGAACCUUUGAUACAAAAGCCUUACUCGAUUGUCUAUUUCCAUUCUGCAGCAUCUUUACAAGUCCAACCAGAUUUAGGAUGGAUGAAAAGAUUACAACAGAUACUUGGUCACAAACACCAGCGUAACCUUCAGGAAAUCUAUGUUCUUCAUCCAACUUUCCACUUGAAGGCGACUAUUGUAGCAAUGCAACUGUUCGUUGAUAAUGUGGUUUGGAAGAAAGUCGUAUAUGCGGACAGACUUCUGCAGCUGUUCAAAUAUGUACCUCGUGAGCAGCUGACAAUCCCAGACUUUGUGUUCCAGCAUGAUCUUGAAGUUAACGGAGGAAAAGGUCUAAUCGUUGACCCGAGAACUAAGUAUGUCUAUCAACGGCCAUGAAUCAAACCUCAUCCCAUAGUCUUGAAGAAUAUCAUCAAGACAGUUUUUACUUUAUCCAGUCAAUUGUAUGAUGUGUUGCUGCUUUUUGUGCAAAAUUUGUUUAUUCUUUCAUGUUUUAUCUAAGUAAGACUUUAGCUACCCUUUUUUUGUGUUUGAUGCUGGGAGCAAAAUAAAACCUCUCUUAGCUUUUUGAUGUAUUCUAGUGUUUGAUUCUUGUUAAUAGUUAUAGCCAAAGAUUUCUCUUUUCCCCA